GAAGAGAUGGGCAAAGAGUGAGUGUAGAAUCAGUAGAUCUAAAGUGUGGGUCCUUGUCUGUCUCAGUAUUAUUUUGAUUACACUGUCCCCAUCUAAUUCAGUGUCGGUGUGGGAGUGUGACUGUUAAGCUUUCACUGCUACUCUUUUUGUUAUUUACUGGGUUGGUCUUCUAAAAUCUAAAUGAUGCCUACGUUUCUUCGAUACUUCAUUCAAUGCUCCUAACUUCUUCCUGCCCAUUUCAUUUCCUACUCAUCUCAUUCAUUUAAUGACCCAUUGACUCAAUUGAGUCCGAUUUUGGAUUGAAGUGUUCUUGAAUUGUUGGAUUGCCAAUGGAAUCGGAUGCAGAUGCAGAUGGGCCUCAUAACACAAAACAAACAGCCACCCAGAUCUGCCAGAUUUGCAGUGAUGAUAUUAAACCCACUGAUACCGGAGAGCCGUUUGUUGCUUGCCAUGUUUGUAAAUUUCCUGUUUGCUAUCCGUGUUAUGAGUAUGAGAGGAAAGACGGAAAUCAAUCUUGUCCUCAAUGCAAAACAAAAUAUAAGAGACAUAAAGGUAGCCCGCCAAUUCGUGGGGAGGAAAUGGAUGACACUGAUUAUAGUGAUGUCGAAAAUAAGCCAACUCAUCAUACUUCAGGGAUUCAAAAUGAGAAGCAAAAGAUAGACCGUAUGUUGGGGUGGAAUUCGACCUCUGGUCGGAAAGAUUAUGUUGCUUCCACGAACUAUGAGAAAGAUAUUCCAUAUCUGGCUGGCAGACAAUCGGUUUCUGGAGAGUUAUCAGCUGCAUCUCCUGAACGUUACUCGAUGGCCUCUCCUGAAAGUGGCAGCCGAGGUAAGCAUCUAUUUAACUCAUCUCACAUGUUCUUUGUUUCUGUAAUCUUGAUAUCAACUUCAUUACCGGACUUGUUUGCAGUUAAUAUCAGGAUGAGAGAUUCAGGGUUUGGUAAUGUUGCCUGGAAAGAGAGAAUUGAUGGUUGGAAGAUGAAACCAGAGAAAAAUCCUGCUCCAAUGAGUGUUAGUAAUGCACCAUCCGAGGGUAGGGGCGGUGGAGAUUUUGAUGCCAGUACUGAUGUAUUCAUGGAUGAUUCUUUACUGAAUGAUGAAACCCGACAGCCUCUCUCAAGGAAGGUUUCUCUUCCUUCCUCACGGAUUAAUCCCUACAGGAUGGUCAUUGUUUUGCGGCUUGUAAUUCUCUGCAUAUUUUUGCACUACCGUUUAACAAACCCAGUGAACGACGCCUAUCCUUUGUGGUUAAUAUCUGUUAUCUGUGAGAUAUGGUUUGCAAUAUCAUGGAUACUGGAUCAAUUCCCUAAAUGGUUUCCUGUAAACCGUGAGACAUAUCUCGACAGGCUAGCUCUCAGAUAUGAGAAAGAAGGAGAGCCAUCUCAGUUGUCUGCUGUUGACAUUUUCGUCAGUACAGUGGACCCUUUGAAAGAACCUCCACUGGUCACAGCCAAUACUGUCCUAUCUAUACUUGCAGUAGACUACCCGGUCGAUAAAGUUUCUUGCUAUGUCUCUGAUGAUGGAGCUGCUAUGUUAACAUUUGAAGCCCUGUCUGAAACUUCUGAAUUUGCUAGGAAAUGGGUUCCUUUCUGCAAAAAAUAUAACAUUGAACCACGAGCUCCUGAGUGGUAUUUUGCUCUGAAGAUUGACUAUUUAAAAGAUAAGGUUCAACCAUCAUUUGCUAAAGACCGCAGAUCUAUGAAGAGAGAAUAUGAAGAAUUUAAAAUCCGCAUCAAUGCCCUUGUGGCGAAGGCACAAAAAGUUCCUGAUGAAGGAUGGUUGAUGCAAGAUGGUACGCCUUGGCCUGGUAAUAACACCAGAGAUCAUCCAGGAAUGAUUCAGGUUUUCUUGGGUCAUAGUGGAGGAUUUGACACUGACGGCAAUGAACUCCCACGACUAGUAUAUGUAUCUCGUGAGAAGCGGCCUGGUUUUCAGCAUCAUAAAAAGGCUGGUGCUAUGAAUGCUCUUGUGCGAGUUUCAGCAGUUCUUACCAACGGGCCCUUCUUGUUAAAUCUUGAUUGUGAUCAUUAUAUAAACAACAGCAGGGCGCUGAGAGAGGCUAUGUGUUUUCUAAUGGAUCCUAAUCUCGGAAAAACUGUAUGUUAUGUCCAGUUUCCUCAAAGAUUUGACGGGAUUGAUAGAAAUGAUCGAUAUGCCAACCGUAACACUGUUUUCUUUGAUAUAAAUUUAAGAGGACUGGACGGCGUCCAAGGCCCUGUAUAUGUGGGUACAGGUUGUGUUUUCAAUAGAACGGCAUUGUACGGCUACGAACCUCCCUUAAAGGCUAAGCAUACGAAGCCAGGAAUGAUGUCUUCAUGCUUUGGUGAAUCCAGAAAGAAGAGUUCUAAAUCUAGCAAAAAAAAAUCUGGUAAAAAGAAUUCGAGCAAGCACAUUGACCUUACUGUACCUGUAUACAAUUUGGAAGAUACAGAAGGCGGCGUUGAAGGCUCUGGAUUUGACGAUGAAAAGUCAUUGCUUAUGUCACAAAUGACUCUUGAGAAAAGGUUUGGUCAAUCAGCCGUGUUUGUAAGUUCAACGCUAAUGGAGAAUGGUGGUAUUUGUGAGUCUUCCACCGCAGAGUCUCUCUUGAAAGAAGCCAUUCAUGUAAUUAGCUGUGGAUAUGAGGACAAGACAGAUUGGGGAACUGAAAUUGGAUGGAUAUAUGGUUCUGUUACAGAAGAUAUUCUUACAGGGUUCAAGAUGCAUGCUCGUGGCUGGAGAUCAAUCUAUUGUAUGCCACACCCCCCUGCUUUUAAAGGAUCUGCUCCCAUCAAUCUUUCUGAUCGUUUAAAUCAAGUGCUUCGAUGGGCUUUAGGUUCUGUUGAAAUUCUUCUUAGCCGCCAUUGCCCUAUUUGGUAUGGUUACAGUGGAAGGCUAAAAUGGCUCGAGCGAUUUGCUUAUAUUAAUACCACUAUUUAUCCUAUCACUUCCAUUCCUCUUCUUGCCUACUGUACCUUACCAGCAGUUUGUCUACUUACUGGAAAGUUCAUCAUACCACCGAUCAGUAACAUUGCGAGUAUCUGGUUCAUAUCCCUCUUUCUUUCAAUCUUUGCCACCGGUAUUCUGGAAAUGAGAUGGAGUGGUGUCGGAAUUGAUGAAUGGUGGAGAAAUGAACAGUUUUGGGUUAUCGGAGGAGUGUCGGCUCACUUAUUUGCUGUUUUCCAAGGCCUGCUCAAAGUACUUGCUGGAAUUGAUACCAAUUUUACUGUGACUUCGAAAGCAACAGAUGAAGAUGGGGAUUUCGCGGAGCUGUAUUUGUUCAAGUGGACUACUCUUCUCAUCCCGCCAACCACUCUACUUAUAAUUAAUCUUGUCGGAGUGGUUGCGGGAGUUUCCUAUGCCAUUAACAGCGGAUAUCAAUCUUGGGGUCCUCUUUUCGGCAAGUUAUUCUUUGCCUUCUGGGUGAUCAUUCAUCUGUAUCCCUUCCUUAAAGGUUUGAUGGGACGACAAAACCGGACACCUACAAUUGUCGUUGUAUGGUCGGUUCUUCUUGCCUCUAUCUUCUCCUUACUUUGGGUUCGCGUUGAUCCAUUUACAACUCGGGUAACUGGCCCGGAUAUCGAGCAGUGCGGAAUCAUCUGCUAGAGGAAACUGCUACUGCAAAACAGAAGACCAAGGUCGAAUUCGUAAUCAUUCAGUUGGAAGAAUUUGAAGGUAUACGCUUUUAGCUUUGCGCCGUACAUGAGUCUGCUUGCAUUAAUUGUUUUGCAAGAAAGAUAAUCUAAUUACCUUCUUAUUCUUUUUCAGCUAAUUAUUCUUUUUUAUUUUUGUGGCAUAAGUUGAAUUAGUUUGUUGAGUUAAUUCAUUUUUUAAUAUAAUUCCAUCAAAGAUGAUGAUGCUAUUCAAUUUUCUUGUAUUUUUUUUAUUGUAUGCAACCGAAAGAAAAUAAAUAUUGCUUUAGAGGUACUGAUAUGUGUAUGGAGUGGUGUCAGAAGUGCUACUGGAGAAACAAGUGUGUGUUAUUAUUGCUUGUAGGAGAAAGCUCUGUUGAUAUGAAACUGGUUCUGCUUUAAUUUUGAGAAAUGUUCACUA